GGAAAGGCCCUGAAAACUUUUGGAAUGUGACAUGAGUCACUAUAUAACAACUACCACCACCCCACUCCUUUUGUCAAUACUUUUUGUUAUGCAUGUUGAUCUGAAAUCACUCAAAAAUGGAGGAAAAAGAUUUGGAUUUUGUGUUGGUACCCGCGGGAUUGCUUGUAAUGGCGGUCUAUCACGUCUGGCUUCUUUAUCAGAUUCGUCGUAAACCUGUUCGCACAGUUGUUGGGAUGAAUGCGAUCAAUCGCCGAUUCUGGGUUAGCUCCAUGAUGGAGGACACACAAAAGACAGGAGUUCUAGCAGUCCAAACACUAAGAAACAACAUUAUGGCAUCAACCUUGUUAGCCUCUACAGCCAUCAUGCUCAGCUCCCUAAUCGCGGUCCUCAUGACCGGAGGCUUAACCGCACAAAACAACAACAAUAACAACAACAACAACAACCGCCACAUGAUUGGCAUAACAUUUGGCGAAGGAACCAAGCUGCGGUUAACAAUCAAGUUCUUUAGCAUACUAGUCUGCUUUUUAAUAUCCUUUUUAAUGAAUGUUCAAUCAAUUAGAUACUAUAGUCAUGCUAGCAUGCUGAUAAAUGUUCCAUACAAAAAGAUCACCAACUUUACUUGCCAUCGUCUCACCGCGGAGUAUGUCAGCUCCUCGGUGAACUUGGGAAGUUACUUCUGGUCGUUGGGGCUUCGCGCGUUCUACUUCUCGUUCCCGCUGUUCUUGUGGUUGUUUGGAGCUAUACCCAUGUUUGUUUGCUCGGUUUUCUUGGUUUUUAUGUUGUAUUUUCUUGAUGUUUCUGUUGAUCCGGGGUGGGUAGCUGAUACUAGUAUCACAACAACCACUACUGAUGAAGAAUCUGGUUAACAAUAACUAAUGUACAAUGUGGGAUUCAAUCGAAGUUGAAUCUCAUAGUUUCUAGUCAUAAUGAAUGAAUAAUAACUUUACUUUA